AUAUUUUGCACAAAGGCUCAGUGUUCGUGGCUCUGCUCAGAGAACCCAAAAUAGCAUUCAGUAAGCGGUGACAUACUGAGGGUCUUGGUACUACAAGCACAAGUGUCUGUAACUCAGAGCAAUGUGGCUCAUGUAAGGUUGGAUGAGAAGCCUGUGAAGCAAAAUUAGGGCAAACGCUCCUGCUAUUCUUCAUGUGUUUCACGUGAAGUUUGAAUUUGUCUCUUCAGACCUUAUUGAACUUGAAGAUAUACAGGAAUAUGAAAGAUACGUAAGAGUUGAAAAUAUUACAAGGGAGCUUAUGAGUUUUGUUUGCAGCACACUGUCUCCUCUGAAGAGUACCAGUUGAAAUCCAGAGAAAAUGAAUUGUUGGUUAUUGCUGCCUUUUAUGUUGGGAAUUCCUCUCCUAUGGCCUUGCAUUGUAGCAGCAGAAAACUCUAAAACAGAGGAGGUGAGGCACCCAACGGGAUCUCAUUUGAGAAUCAGGCGUGGCUGGAUGUGGAACCAGUUUUUUGUACCAGAGGAAAUGAACAAGACCAGACAUCACAUUGGCCAGCUGAGAUCUGAUUUAGACAAAGGAAACAACUCUUUCCAGUACAAGCUUUUGGGAGUUGGAGCUGGAAGUAUUUUUGUCAUUGAUGAAAGAACAGGUGACAUAUAUGCUGAACAGAAGCUUGAUAGGGAGGAACGGUCCCUCUACACUCUCAGAGCCCAGGUAAUCGACACCAAUACUGGAAGGGCUGUGGAACCUGAGUCUGAGUUUGUCAUCAGAGUGUCGGAUAUCAAUGACAAUGAACCAAAAUUCCUAGAUGAACCUUAUGAGGCCAUUGUACCAGAGAUGUCUCCAGAAGGAACGUUAGUCAUCCAGGUGACAGCAAGUGACGCUGAUGAUCCUUCAAGUGGCAAUAACGCUCGUCUCGUGUACAGCUUACUACAAGGCCAACCAUAUUUCUCCAUUGAACCAACAACAGGAAAAAUAAGAAUAUCUUCUAAAAUGGAUAGAGAACUGCAAGAUGAGUAUUGGGUGAUUAUUCAAGCCAAAGACAUGAUUGGUCUGCCUGGAGCACUGUCUGGAACAACAAGUGUAUUAGUCAAACUUUCUGAUGUCAAUGACAAUAAACCCAUAUUUAAAGACAGUUUAUAUCGCUUGACUGUCUCUGAAUCUGCACCUGUUGGGACAUCUAUAGGAAAAAUCAUGGCAUAUGAUAAUGACAUAGGAGAGAAUGCAGAAAUGGACUACAGCAUCGAAGACGAUUCAAGAACAUUUGACGUCAUUACCAAUAAUGAGACCCAAGAAGGAAUAAUUAUACUAAAAAAGAAUGUGAAUUUUGAGGACCAGAACCACUAUCGUAUUAGAGCAAAAGUUAAAAACUCCCAAGUUGAUGAGCAACUCAGGGAAUACCACACUGAAGCUUCCACCACUGUCAUCAAGAUCCAGGUGGAAGAUGUUGAUGAGCCUCCUGUUUUCCUCCUCCCAUAUUACAUCUUUGAAAUCUUUGAAGAAUGCCCUCAUGGAUCCUCUGUAGGCACGGUCUCUGCCACUGAUCCUGAUCAGAGGAAAUCUCCUAUUGGAUAUUCUAUUGCCAGAAGCGAGGUGUUCAGUGUUGAUGACAAUGGCACAAUCUUUACAACUAACCGACUUGAUCGAGAGACUAGUGCUUGGUACAACCUAAGUGUUACAGCCACGGAAAAAUACAAUAUAGCACAGAUUUCUUCAGUCCCUGUCUAUGUACAAGUUCUCAAUAUCAAUGAUCAUGCUCCUGAAUUUUCUGAAUACUAUGAGACUUACGUUUGUGAAAAUGCAGUCUCUGGUCAGGUGAUUCAGACCAUCAGUGCAGUGGAUAGAGAUGAAUCCAUAGAACAUCACCAUUUUUAUUUCAAUCUAUCUGUGGAAGAAAAUAACUCGAGUUUUACAGUCAUAGAUAACCAAGAUAACACAGCGGUGAUUUUGACCAAUAGAACUGGUUUUAGCCUUCAAGAAGAGCCUGUUUUCUACGUAUCCAUCCUAAUUGCUGACAAUGGAAUCCCAUCACUUACAAGUACAAACACCCUUACCAUACACGUGUGUGACUGUGGUGAUGCUGAUGGCACACACACCUGCAGUCAUAAGGAUUUUAUGCUUUCCAUGGGAUUCAGGGCAGAAGUCAUAACUGCUAUUCUGAUAUGCAUUAUGAUAAUAUUUGGGUUUAUUUUCCUGAACCUCGGUCUGAAACAACGGAGGAAACAGACUCUGUUUCCCGAGAAAAGUGAAGACUUCAGAGAGAAUAUAUUCAGAUACGAUGAUGAAGGUGGCGGAGAGGCGGACACGGAGGCCUUUGACAUCGCGCAGCUGCGGGGCAGCGCGGUGAUGCGGGGCCGCAAGCCCCGCAGAGCCGCCAGGGCGGAGAUGCGCAGCCUCUACCGGCAGUCUCUGCAGGCCGGCCCGGACAGCGCGGUGUUCAGGCAGUUCAUUCUAGAAAAGCUGGAAGAGGCUGACACCGACCCCUGUGCCCCGCCUUUCGACUCCCUCCAAACCUAUGCUUUUGAGGGAACAGGGUCCUUGGCUGGAUCCCUGAGCUCCCUAGACUCCACAGUCUCUGAUCACGAUGAAAAUUAUGAUUAUCUUAACCAACUGGGACCUCGCUUUAAAAGAUUAGCGUGCAUGUUUGGUUCCGCUGUGCAGUCAAAGAAUUAGGGCUUUUUUCAUUAAGACUUUUUUUUUUUUUUUAAUGCUAAUGUAUGUUUGGGCAAACUGGUAGUCGCUUGGUGAAAAGUUGUUUACUUCAGUUCCCUGGGAAAAGAAAGAGACGCAAUUUACACUCUUCUCUGAUUUUCUUGGAGUAAAUAUCCCAUAUAGUCCCUGACUGCAGAUAAGGGAAGUGAAGCUAACAUUGCAGAUUCCCGCUAGCAGGCCCCUGAAAUACUCUUUCGGAUUUUUUUUUUUUUUUUUAAUGCCAAAUACAAAUUCUCAAAAUUUUUGACUGUUUAAUAUGAAAAGGACAAUGAACUAGAUAGUCUUAAUUUUAUUUCAUUUAGUCACUUUGUAAAUCUUGCAAAGUAACAGUAAAGUGUUUCUGUGUGUUAACUUCCUGAUACUCUAAAGAGAAAAACAUCUAGGAGAAUCUGGGUGGUUAUAUACAACUUUCAAAAACUCUUUUCUAUGAAUAUGCAAGCUUAUGACUGAAAGUCUGUGAUUCAUUUCAGUUUGAUAUUUUAAAAUUGUCUUCAACACAUUUUAAAACUGAUUUCAAAUUUAGACAGAUGCUUGGUAUUUGUUUAUGAGUCAAAGAUAUAGUGUAAAUUUAUAUUCUCUUUGAUAUUACAGCUUUAUAAAAAAAAGGGCAUAGACUAUGUUUUGGAGAUUUUCAUAAGUUAUUUUCUUAUGUUUUCAAAGUACUUCUUUAUCAUAUCACAAUGCAAUCACAAAGUACAUAUCAAUAUUUCCUCAAGAUUAAAUUGAAACUUUUUAAAAAUAAUUGAAAGUGUGAAAUUUUUUAAUUUUAUUGCUACCAAAAUGAUAGAAGUAAGUGAAAGGAGUACUGGGUUCAAACUGGAAUUAGUAUUCAUCCUAAAUAUUAUGAUCAACUGCACUGCUCUUACUGUGCAUAAAAUAAAACAUGAUAAAAUUC